CUCACAGAACGUUACAUUGUAUCCAGAGCCAACUGCAACUCUCAUCAUGGACCUCAUACUGGCUCUCCUGCUCCUCCCGCUGGGUCUCUCCUCUGGGAUAGACCAUGUACUGGUCGCGGUGGGUUCAGACCUAUCUUUGUGCGGGAUGACGUGCGUCACGGGGGGAUACGCUAUCCUUGAUUGUUCCCCAAAACCAGAACCGAUCCUGGAAUACAACUGUGAUCUCCGUUAUUGGAAGCCAUUCAGUAAUUACCGGCACAGGGUUGAUUUCGAUGUAUCCAGUGGAUGCGCAACAAUCAGAAAUAUUCAGAAAAGGGAUGGCGGUCGAUAUUUUUGGGUACUGAUGGAUAAAAACCGUACAGAAAGUGUGAACCAAUAUACAAGAUACAGCAUUAUCGAUAAAGUCUCCAUCACCAGCCUUAGCUCCAUUCUCAGUAAUUCGGGGCUGACCACAUCUCUGCGAGUUCAGUUUACUGGGGAGAUGGAACACACAGUCUCCUGGACCCGAGAUGGAGGAGACCUGCCCGAGGGCCACCAGCUGAGUGAAUUUAAUGACACCCUCACUGUACGGAGCAAGGACUACGGGACAUACAGAGUGACUGUUACUAACUCAGUGAGUGAGGACCAUGCUCAGCUCACACUCACAGCUGAACCAGCUCCUGUCUCAGGAAGAUUCAGAGUCUCCUGGAUCGCUGUCAGUAUCAUGGCUGCUGCUAUCUGUGCUGUGCUCCUGGGGGUAAUUAUUAAACGGAAGAUGCUGAAUCCAGAUAUUAAACCCCAGUGUGAGGAUAUUGUUACAGCUCAUCGUACAGAGCGCGUGGAACUCCGAGAAUCCGUCUAAUCCUGCACGAAGUAUUAUAUAAAUGUGAGAAAACAAAGAUUGGGCGUGAAAAUGGCAUUAACAGUAAAAUAUAAAAUAAUCCAUUCUCAGGGAUAUUUACUAAAAUGGAGAAUGUUUUACAGUUUAUAGGUUGUUUGUUUACAUUAUGUCUUAUAACAUUCUGUGUUUAUAUUUAUGCUGCACAAUGUCCCACUUCCAUGUGUAUUAUUAUUGUAGCGGACGGGUAAAUGUUUCCCCCCUUUUCCCUUUUUAUUUUGUCCCGCUCCCUUGGUUGUUCCUAAA